AUGGUCGAUCUUCGAACACCACCCGGAUCCAUUGAAUUACCUCCAGAUACAAAGAUCGCGAUUGACGAUUCGGAAGGUUCGCAAGCAAUCCGGUCAGACAUUGAACCCAUUAUCCACACCCUCCACGAAGGCACGACCGGGCGUUAUCAAUAUCUCCUGGCAGAUCCAAUCACAAAGGAUGCAAUAAUCAUCGACCCGGUGCUAGACCAAAACCCAUAUGCCUCGGGAAUCACGACCACGGCCGCUGACCACAUCUUAUAUCUGGUACGGCAGAACAACUAUCGCGUGGUUCGAAUACUGGAAACGCAUUCAAUCCAGGAGCACCCUACUUCGGCAUGGUACCUGAGGACUCAACUUCGCGAUAGCAACGGCCAAAUGCCUAGGAUAUGUACCGGAAAAGCGAUCGCUGGCAUGCAACGAAUGUUUGCAAGGCAAUAUCAAGUUCAAGACGCUGGGUGGGCUUCCCGAUUUGACUUUUUCCGCGACGGCCAGAUCUUCGUCGUGGGCGAGAUGAAAAUCCAGGCAGUACAGCUUCUUAGCCAACCGGACUGGUUCGGAUUCAUCGUCGGCCAUCACAUCUUCAUAGGCAAAGAAAUGCCAACAACCACGACACAAGGAAGACCUCCUCCACAGCGAUUACCAUUGCGAAGGCUGGCACAGUUUGUCGGCCGGUACAAUUUCCACCCACAGGCCAACAGUAAUAUUUCACGCCCUUCAACAGCACAAUCGGAGGUUUCGCAGUGGAUGCACGACGCGGUACUCCCGCGCCACGAGUCAGCGACAGCUACCCACGAGUCGACUUAUGCUUCCCGAGAGCCGCAGUCUCCGUUGUCUCCACUUUCACCACGAGGCUCGAAUGGUAUGGCUCGGAUGAGACGCAUCAUGGGCCGACAGAACACCAGCGAUGAUUGGCACUCCGUUUCGAGUAGAGGCUCUAGCAGGCAAUCCGAACGACGAAUUAGUCAAUUACCAGAAUUGGCAUGA